CGGGGCAGCCUGCUCAGCGCCGCGGCGGCGGCGGCGGCCGGAGACAAAGCGCCCGGCUAAUGAAUGGGACGGUCCCGCCCGGCCCUUCCUUUUAACUCUUUCGGGCCCGGCCGGGCGGCGACGACCUUCGGCUUCCCCUGCGGUGGCCGCCCGGGGAGAUACAAUCUUCAUCAUUAAGUUUGAGUAGCAAGUAUUUAACCUCAAAUGAAGCAGCCUGCAUGCAGUGGAACAGAUGUGUGAAGACUAUUCCUGUCAACAAGGAGCAAUGUACAGUAUUGGUGGUGCUGUUUCUACGCUCUACAUUUUGUGCCCAGAUGGGGUGUUUGGGGUGAUGGACACGAGAGGUUAUUUUGCAAGUUGGAGAGAAUGCCUUUGUAAGACCACAACAGUUACCAGUUCAUAUGGUGCACAAGAAUCACAGUUGCCCAAUCAAGAUGAACAGAAUGGCUUUCUUCAAUAAGAAAAUAGAACAUUCAUUUUUUAGGAUUAUGUCUACAACAUGAAGCAUUUAACAGUAGCUGUCUUUGAGAACAUUCAUCUAUGACCUGAAAUGUCCUGAUCCUGGGGAAAAUACGAGAUUCCAUUAAUUAAGCCUAUAAUUUUUAAAUAUAUUUUUAUGACUAAUCGUAUUUGCUUUUGCACAACACGGAUACAGAAUUCAUAAACCAGGGAUUAUUUUAACACAUACACACAUUUGUGUUUUUGCAUUCAAUAUACAAGAUACAUCAUUUUAAUCAAAUUUUAAAUAAUCUUUUAAAUUAUCUGUAUUUAUUAAUAAAUGAAGACUUGUCAGGAAGAAUUUGUCAUCCACGAACAAAAGUAAAGCAGGUUCCCCCAGAAUGGAUGGUAAUUUUGUGUUGGGUAAAAUCAAUAACUUAAAAGUAGAGCAAGAGGAAGACAGCAUUAACUGUACUCUGGAAAGAAUGGAUAUAAAGACAGAACAAGAUGAUUUCAAACAUGCAGACAGCAGUGAUGAACAGGAAGACAAAGAAAAGAACUUCAUUACCAACAACCCUGGCAAAUAUUUAUCUACAGAAAAUGAAGAUGAUUAUGGAUCUCUUUUUUCUCAGUAUAGUAGUACGUUGUAUGAUGUAGCAAUGGAAGCUGUGACACAAAGCCUCCUUUCUAGCAGAAACAUAAGCUCCAGAAAAAAGUCACCUGCUUGGAACCAUUUUUUUAUAUCUCCUAGAGAUAGCACUAAAGCAAUAUGUAUGUACUGUAUGAAAGAAUUUAGCAGGGGUAAAAAUGAAAAGGACCUGAGUACAAGUUGUCUCAUGAGACAUGUGAGGAGAGCCCAUCCCACUGUACUAAUUCAAGAAAAUGGAAGUAUGCCAGGUAUAUCCUCAUUUUCUUCACCUACAUUGUUACUGCCACCUCAGUCCGCAGAUGUUGGAGAUCUGAGUUCUAUGUUAUCACCUAUAAAACUGGUCAAGAAAAUGGCUUCUAAAAUACCAUCUCCAGAUCGAAUAAUCGAGGAAUCUGUUUCUAUUGUUUCUUCUGAAGAAAUACCAGAUCUCUCAGUUUCUGAAAAGUGCAGCAAAGAAGAAGUCAUGGUUGGGUCAUCUCCACAGCUACCCAACAACCAGUACGAUGACACGGUAGAGAAUGUAGCAGAAAAAACUGUUGUAAUUCCAAAGAGCACAUCAGGUUCCAGAAGGAGAUCUGCUGUCUGGAAACACUUUUAUUUGUCACCUCUAGAUAAUUCUAAAGCUGUUUGCAUCCACUGCAUGAAUGAAUUCAGUAGAGGAAAAAAUGGAAAGGACCUGGGAACGAGUUGUUUAAUAAGACACAUGUGGAGAGCCCAUCGUUCCAUUGUCCUGCAAGAGAAUGGGGGUGGUACCAGCAUACCACCUCUCUACACUGCACCUCCAACUCUGUUGCCUUCUUUACUACCCUCAGAUAGUGAUCUGAAUUCUAUGUCAUCCUCUCCUGGAAAACUAAUGAAAGAAUCAACUUCUGUUUCUUCUUCUCCAGACAGAAUCUCUGAGGAGAUCCAUACCAAUCUCUCUUCUGGAGAUGCUCUAGUGGAAGACACAAUGCUAUCGUCUUCUGAUGAUAUAGGUGAAGUCUCCUUUGUUUCAUCUCCUGAGAAACAGUGUGAGGGAUUAGGUCCACUAAUAUUUGAACCUACUGCUGUAUUUCAGCAAAAUAAAAGGAUUAUGAAAAGGCUUAAAUCAGAAGUUUGGCACCACUUUUCACUGUCACCUGCAGACAGUCUCAAAGCAGUAUGUAGAUACUGCAGUUGUAUGAUAAGUCGUGGUAAGAAAGGAGAUGUGGGCACAAGCUGCUUGAUGAGACAUCUAUAUAGACGCCAUCCUGAUGUAAUUGGAAACCAAAAGAGCUUUCUUGAUGUGAGUUUGGCAAAUUCUCCUUAUGCCACUUUGGCUUCUGCGGAAUGUUCAUCCUCAAAGUUGACUGAGUUGCCUACAAUGGUUACACAUGAUAAUCAAAUUAUAUUUCCUGUUAAUAGUAAGAAGACCUCAAAACUGUGGAAUCACUUUUCAAUUUGUUCUGCAGAUUCAACAAAAGUGAUAUGUAUGCACUGUGGACGUACAAUAAGUAGGGGGAAAAAGCCAACAAAUCUAGGCACAAGUUGCCUUCUAAGACAUUUGCAGCGGUUUCAUAACAAUGUAUUGAAAACUGAUGUGUCAGAGACAGUAUUAUCCUCUUCUACGGAUAAUCACAUGACACUGAGCACAGAAUUACUAGGAUCCUCAAAUUUUGAUGAAACCAAUGACAAGUUUUGUGACUCUCACCCAGUUGCCAAAAAAAUCACAAGUCUUGUAGCUGAAAUGAUUGCACUUGACCUUCAGCCAUAUUCUUUUGUAGACAACAUUGGCUUUAACAGGCUGCUUGAAUAUUUGCAACCUCAGUAUUCUUUACCUUCUCCAUCAUACUUUUCUAGGACAGCAAUUCCAGAUAUGUAUGAUAAUGUAAAACAAAUAAUUAUUUCACAUCUUAAAGAAGCUGAAAGUGGAGUGAUCCAUUUUACAUCUGGAAUAUGGAUGAGUAACCAAACACGAGAAUAUCUCACCCUGACAGCUCACUGGGUAACAUUUGAGUCUUCAUUUCGACCACAGUGUGAGGAUUACCAUUGUUCAGCACUAUUAAAUGUAUCACAGAUUGAUUGCGACUACAAUGGAAUCAGUAUUCAAAAGCAGUUAGAGUACUGGUGGGAAACAUGGAUUACUUCUGUUGGCCUUCAGAUUGGGAUUACUGUUACCGAUAAUCAGAGUAUAGAGAAAACUUUAAAUGAAGGUGACCAUUCAAGUGUACAAUGUUUUAGUCACACUGUUAAUGUCAUUGUAAAUGAGGCUAUUAAAAGCCAGAGAAUGGUUCAGAAUUUGCUUAGUAUUGCAAGAAAGAUCUGUGAACGCGUCCAUCGAUCAGCAAAAGCAAAAGAGAAGUUAGCUGAGUUGCAAAAAGAGUAUGAGUUGCCUCAGCAUCAGCUAAUACAAGAUGUUCCAUCAAAGUGGAAUACAUCAUUUCACAUGCUUGAACGUCUUAUCGAACAGAAAAGAGCAAUUGAUGAAAUGUCGAUAGAGUGCAGCUUUCGGGAGCUAAUAAGUUGUGAUCAGUGGGAAGUCAUGCAGUCGGUGUGUCAUGCUCUCAAACCUUUUGAAGCUGCAAGUAGGGAGAUGAGUACACAUAUGUCUACUCUAAGCCAGGUGAUUCCAAUGAUCCAUAUACUUAACAGGAAAAUAGAAAUGCUGUUUGAGGAAACAAUGGGCAUAGAUACGAUGCUGAAAUCUUUGAAAGAAGCUAUGGUGAGUAGAUUGUCCUCCACGCUUCAUGAUCCAAGGUACAUUUUUGCUACACUUCUGGAUCCCCGGUAUAAAACAUCCUUAUUUACAGAAGAGGAGGCUGAACAAUAUAAACAAGACUUAAUCAGGGAGCUGGAAAUAAUGAGUUCUACCUCAGAUGAUGAUAAACCUGUUUCCAAUGGAUGUGAUAUAGGUUCACCAUCUACAAAUUCAUAUGGGGAAGAUAAUCUUUGGUCACUCAUGGGUGACAUGAAGAAAACAAAAGACCUGAAAGAGAGAGCAAAGUUACCGGAGGAAAUGGUGCUUUCUUACUUGGAGGAAGAAGUGCUUGAGCAUAACUGUGAUCCUCUAACUUACUGGAACUUUAAGAAGUCAUCUUGGCCAGUACUGUCAAAAUUGGCUGUCAGGUUCUUGGGGUGUCCACCAAGCAUUGUUCCUUCAGAGAGAUUGUUCAAUACAUCCAAUGAAAGCAACAAUUUUAGUCAGUCAAGGUUAAUGAUUGAACACUUUGAAAAGCUUAUCUUUUUGAAAGUGAAUCUUCCUUUAAUAUACUUCCAGUAUUGAAACUAAUGAACAAACUGCUAGACUAAAUCUAUUGUUGCUCACUGGAUAUUAACUAUCUAUAACUUGGAUUUUUAAAUUGCUCCAAUAGGGGCCAUGUAUGACAUCUAAUCAGUGACUAUAAUUCCAAAUUUUAGUUUCUUUUUUUUUUUUUCAGCUUUCAAUAUGUCUACAUGUGCCUUAUUCAUAGUACUUCAGGCCAGAUAUUGUAUAUAUGUUUUUUAAAAAUCCACACUAGAAAUAGCCUGUCUUGUCAAAUUAUACAAAAUUAUGUAGGUUUUAAUCCAUAAUUGUAAAUGAACUUUAAAAAAGCUCAGUCAUUUGUUUUAAUAGAAUUGCAAAAAAAAAAAAAAAAAAAAAAAAAAGAUGUAAACAGUUCUAUUCUGUAGUUUUUUAUUCAAUUAUUAUGUAAAAACCAUAAACCAGGUACUGUAUUUUAGUUGAACAUUGCUUUAAUUGCAACAAAACAGCUUUUGUAGUUGUCAAAAGAAAGCUGUACAUGAAAGAAUGGGGUUCAAGCUGUCUUUUUAUCAUGUGGUGUUUUUAACUGCAAGCCCUAAAGUACUUAAAGGAUUAAAAAGUUACUGAGGAAGACAUGUUUACAGGAGACUAUUGACUUAGUAUCUGAAAAUGAAUCUUAAAUUUGUGAAUAUAUGGAAUGUCAGUUAUACAGCAAUUAGUAGUAAAACUUCCCAUUCUGGGUUCUCCUGUUCAGGUUUUACAUUUUAACUGAACUACAGAAAUAUUCUGGGUAUUUAUAAAAGCUCUUUGGAAGUCUUAUCAAAGUUUGUGAAUUAAUGCUUGUUAUUUAAUGCCGUGUACAAAAAAGGCAAGAAAUUUACCAUGAAGACUCUAAUGUCAUUCUAAAGCCUGUUCUAAUCUUUAGUGCAUUGAAACUAUAAGGUUCCCUAUUGUAAAAACUGAGCCCUUACUCCUAAUGUAAUUUCAGUUGUGUAGAACAGCCUGUCUUAAAGCUCCUAGUACAGAAAUAACUGACCUUCUGAUUUUCAGUAAUAGCCUUAUGGAUAUGGUGCACUGCUUAUAAUUUUAUGUAGUAGGGUUGAGACUUAACUGUUGGUGUCCAUCAGGCAAAUGGGAUAUAGAGCCCUCAAAACUUCAAAUAAGAUGGAAAAAAAAAUAGCCAGCGUUUUAAUUUGAAAGGAACAUUCUCCAUGGUUUAACUCUAGAAAGAUUAAUCUUCUCAUUUCAGCUUUCACUGAAUACUUUUUGGGAAACAAGUCAUCAUUUGCCUAUGACCUUUUAGAAGAGUUGUAGCCUUGUUAAAAUACUGUACCUAUGCCUAAUCUAAUUUUGCAUUUACUAUGUUUUAGUGUAUUUAUAAAUGGUGAACUCAGUUUCUGAAAUUAAACAUUUUAUUUGCAAUUUUCUAGUGGUAGUCAACACUGCCUUUUAUUUUCAGAUGGAUUUAAGACAAUCAUUGAAUAAAAAUUGAUACAAUUGUAAUCAUAAAUAUACCACAGAACAUGCUAUGUGGGAAAAUUGGGUUUACAUUUAGCUCUUUGGACUUAAGCCUGGAUUCUGGUUCUUUUCAUUUCACUCAAGCUAUUCAACCUCAGGAAAAUUUGUUGAAUUCUUUCCCAGGUGGCUUCAGUUGCUACAUGACAUUUCUCUAAAUAUUUUAUGGUUUUAGGUAUUUCAAUUGUUACUCCAUCAGUUAUAUUUGUACCUGUACUAUUUUAGUAAAUUAUUAUAUAGUGUAUCUGGGAAAAACUUAAUACCGCAUUUUGUCUACAGUAUUUUAAAAGGUAAAUUUCAAUUCUAUCAACAGUCAGCAUUUCUUUGUUCUCCUAGGGUUAAAUGAGAACAACACGUGUUUUUUUCUGCAGUAAUAAAACAAUUUGUUCUAGUUUAUGAAUAGUUGGAACUAGUUGAGUUUGAAGCAGCUUAUUGGGAAACAUGUUUAAAUGGUUACUGGUUAAUUAUUAUCUCAGUUUUUUUCCCUACAUUUUUACCUGUGAAUAUAACCUUGACCUUUGUAAAAGAGAUGUUUAAUUUCUCCAAACCAGUAGAGAGGCAGCGUAGAGGAUUAAGAAACCUUUUUUUUAUUAUUAUUUUUAAACAAGUGAUACAAUUUUCACUCAAGACUUGAAUGUAAAUAUGGCCUUUGGCUUAAAGCACUGUAGAGCCACGUCAUACCAGCGGGAAUGCUGGCACUGCACAUGCUUACCUGAAAAUCCCAAUUCUCUGGAAAUAAGCAUCCUGGCUCCUCUGAAGGCAGCCUUUACUGUAGCUCCUGUGUAACUCUCAUGUGGAAAGCUGAAGUGUAGCUGACAAUUUGUAUCUUAUUCAUACGGAUACUUAAUUGUAUAGUUGUGCUUUUUGUCAAGACUUCCUGAGAGCAUGAGAACUAGUCGCUGUUCUUAAAAGUAAAAUUUUAUCAGUUAAUCUAGUUCAUUUGUACCUGCAAUUUCUUUUUUUGAAGGGCUUAGUUCUUAAGACCACACUGUUUCAGUGUCAGCUUGGUUAAGAAUUAAUAAUAGGCUUGUGUUAGAAUUUUUUUGAUGAUAAUAUGCAGGCCCAAAUGCCUUAAAAUUGAAGCACAUAAUUCCUAGAAACUUAAAUAGGAGAGGCUGAAAGCCCAAAGUCACUAUUUUUCCAUUGCAAGCCUCAGUCCUUCUGUAGGAGUUACGGGAGCAUCUCAAUCUUCAGAUCAGGCACUGCUGCCUUUGAGAAAAUAAUGACUUCAGAAGAAGGGCUGAAAGCUUUCACUGAAGUAUCGAGGUAAGUUAUUGAGUGGGUUGGGCUUGUGUUGGGUUUACUUUAUUAUUUUCAAUAUAAAUUCUUAGUGAUGAUUGCUAAAAUUUUGUUUCUUCCAACCUUUCUCAUAUUUGUAAUGUAUAGGAGACUCACCUAUUUUUACAUUACCCUCUCAGACUGUAAUAAAGCACAAGCUGUCAACAUGGAAGUUUUCAACAAGCUGAGUUUGUGCUGCACCAAUCCCUGUAGCAGCAGACAGUUCCCAAAUGGGUAAUGAUAUGAUGAACCUGCAACGAUAAUAUUUAUUUAAUUAAAACAGUUAAUUUAAGUACAUUUGCAACUUUAGAAGUAAAUUUAGUAAGCAGACUUUGGUUAUUUUCCUCUUGGCAUAAAAAGUGUAAUGGUACUAAGGAUGUAACUUUGUGUCACUGUAAGAAUCUUACAGCAUUCUCUUAAGAGUAGGCAGGUGUAACAACUAAUUACACACCCCAGUAAGAAAUACUUUGUAAUACUAAAGAAGAGGAAGAAGUAAAGAAAUCAAGACUUGUGAAGGGUAUAUAAUGGAAAGUAUGGGAGAUGUGUAUUAUGCUUGGGAAACCUGUGAAUAAUGCUCCCCAGACAUUGCCUCUUGUCAUUUGUCCUCUUUUCCUACCCAAAGUAAAAGUGAAGGAAACCUAUUUGACUGCAAAAUUUGGCCAGUGGGCACUUACUAGGAAUACUCCUAGCUUCUCCUUUCUCCCCAAGAGUAGGUUCUGAAUUUGCGAAGAACCAGAAUCUCAGACUAGAGCAGUUUAAAUUCCAGGAAAAGGAUGUGAUGGAUUAAAUGUAGAUAUAGAUGACAAGCACAAAAUAGAUGUUUACAGUUGUUGAAAGAUCUGUCCCUUAAAGCAGCAUUUUUUUUUCUGUCACUAUACAGAGCUGACCGUAACAAGCUUGCAUUUAGGUAUCUCCAAACACAUAAAAAAUAAACAUAUAAUUAGCAAAUAACACUUUCUAAUUAUAGAUUAUUUAGAUUUUAUAAACAAAGCCUUUUAGUCUUCCACAAAUAUAUUAAUCCUUUGCUUUAUUCUUAGCAACAAGAAAGAGUGAUUCUUUACCUUAGUGGUUUCCUUGCAAAACUGACCCAAAAGUGCUUUGUUUCAUAAAAUGAGUAUGCCAGCCAGAAAUAACCACAGUCAUGUCCCCAACUCAGGUAUCAGCUUGGGCUACAAGGGCUAGACUGAUGUCUAAGCAGAACUUGCCUUCUCCCCCCCUCCCUGUAUGAACCAAUUCCUUCUUUUAAUUUCUUAUUUUAAAUUGGCAGUUUUAAAGGAAAAGAUGGACUCCAUUUCAGAUGUCAUUUUUACCUUACACUUGACAUAACUGGACACAAAUCAAGCCUUGAUACAGAACCAAGGCUAGUUGCAGCUGAAAUAAAGCAGAAUUUGUAAACCAAGACUGCCUGCGUCAGUAAGAUGUAACAUUUCAGAAGAAACAUUGUCUGUCCUUGCUGUCAUAAACAAAGAUCUGAAAUGAGCAAAGAAAAGUAGUUGUAGUUGUUCGUUUAUCUAAGGAGCUGAUCUAAAAUAAGUAGUUGCAUACAAAAUGGAUCGAUUAAAUUUAGGAAUCAUACAUAUUUAAAUUUAAAAAUUAAGAAAACCUUCAAAGAAGUAUUCUUUGUCAUUUAACUUCAGGAAUUUUUGCAAUCACUUCUAAUCUUCUGUGUCAUAUGUUAAGCAGAUAGCAAUACAUUUCAUUUCAGACAUAGCUGAGACUGAUUAUGUAACCAGCUAACUGAGAAGGCUGUGGCUAAACAGUGUUGCUUACAUCAGUGAUAAACUCAGCUUGUGGUUUUGUUCUUUUCAUGCAAACAGAAAGUGAAGUCAUUUGUACAAGACUGAAUACUAAGUUACAAGGAAAGCUCUUGCUGGGUGGGUGGGAGUAGUUACAAAUCAGCACAAGUACUAAAGCGAGGAAAGCAACACAACUCCCAAAUAAUUUCUGUUAUGUAUGGAAAAGCAUUCUCUGAUGCAAGGAAAACGCACACUCUUGCAUUGAAAUUGAGAUACAGCAAGCGAGUUCUUAAAUCUUCUAUCACCUUUCAAACUCCUUAGCAUUAUGGAAAGAACUGGAAGUAUUAAGGAAGAUGGGAAUGGUCCUAGAACAGUUGUAACUGUAGUAGGAGAGGUAGCACAAUCUCAGUCUUGUUCACCUGGAUGUGUAACCUGUCUCACCCAGGGGAAAUAGCCAGGAAGCGAGAAAAGGGGGUAUGAUCAAUGUUUCAAAAUGUGUUCUGCAUUUACAUUGCAUUGAGGUUGUGUUCCGACAGCUGAAAUUAAAUGGAUGGCAAAGGGGGGAACCUGAGAUACGUUCAGGCUUUUCUCAGUGUUAACAGAUAAACAUACGUAUUGAAUCCAACACAACCAUUCUCCAGCGCCCUCACCCCAAAUCUGCUCUCGAGAGAGAAGACCCAGAGCAAGUACUUAAGGAAGGUAUAAAGUAAAUAUGGUCUGAUUUUUUUUUCCCCCCCAGCUCUGUAAGUUCUAUUACCUUAGAGACUUUGUGAACUCUGAGUUGUUCCCUGAUCUUUUGUUCUUUCAGUUCUCGAUGGGAGUGAUCUGUUUAACCCUGUUUUGAAGCGGCUUUUACUUUCAGCAUCCAAAAAUGUUCUCUAUCAAUGAGUUCCACAACUUUUUCCAUGAGUUUUACAACACAACAUGUCCUAAAUCUCAUGCUGUAAGAUAGUGAUUAUUCACCAUCUCUGGGUGAAAAGAUAGAGUGACAUGUUUGUGUCCAAAUAAUUUGUUAGCCGUGCUCUUUACAGGAAUAUUGUUGCUUGUAAGAAAUUAAGUCAAACUUCAAAAGGUGAUGCUAUGCAAUGUUUGACCUUUGGGGAGUUUAAGAAGAUGUCCUAAAAUAAACUUAGUUCUACAGCAGCA